GCCUCCCGGAGCCAUGGCAGCGCUCGGCCACCCCGCCGCCUUCGGCCGGGCCACCCAUGCCGUGGUGCGGGCACUGCCCGAGUCCCUCUGCCAGCACGCGCUGAGACGCGCCAAGGGCGACGAGGUGGAUUUCGCCCGUGCCGAGCGGCAGCAUCAGCUCUACGUAGGCGUGCUGGGCAGUAAGCUGGGGCUGCAGGUGGUGAAGCUGCCAGCUGACGAGAGCCUCCCCGACUGCGUGUUCGUGGAAGACGUGGCCGUGGUGUGCGAGGAGACGGCCCUCAUCACCCGACCCGGGGCGCCGAGCCGGAGGAAGGAGGUUGACAUGAUGAAAGAAGCAUUAGAAAAACUUCAGCUCAAUCUAGUAGAGAUGAAAGAUGAAAACGCAACUUUAGAUGGUGGAGACGUCUUAUUCACAGGCAGAGAAUUUUUUGUGGGCCUUUCCAAAAGGACAAAUCAACGAGGUGCUGAAAUCUUGGCUGAUACUUUUAAGGACUAUGCGGUCUCCACAGUCCCGGUGGUUGAUGCUUUGCAUUUGAAGAGUUUCUGCAGCAUGGCUGGACCUAAUCUAAUCGCAAUUGGAUCCAGCGAAUCUGCACAGAAGGCCCUAAAGAUCAUGCAACAGAUGAGUGACCACCGCUAUGACAAACUCACUGUGCCUGAUGAUGUGGCCGCCAACUGUAUAUACCUAAAUAUCCCCAGCAAAGGCCACGUCUUACUACACCGCACCCCAGAAGAAUAUCCAGAAAGUGCAAAGGUUUAUGAAAAGCUGAAGGACCAUAUGCUGAUCCCCGUGAGCCAUUCUGAACUGGAAAAGGUGGACGGGCUGCUCACAUGCAGCUCGAUUUUAAUUAACAAGAAGGUAGACUCCUGAGUCGAAGUCCCCCACUCACCCACCCCCCCACCCCCUAGCCGGCAAUACCGCACUCACAAGGCCGAUGACUGUCCCGCUCCUGUCGUGUUCAUUGACAAUCUACUGCGCCACUAUGCUAUUAACACUGGUUUACGAAAGUCUCCUAAGUUUGCUUCGCUCUGCACCCCCCCUUCCUCCCCUUGCGGUGGUACCUAAACUGUGGGUUUUGCUAAAUGAAUUAAGCAAUCUAGAAAAUAUAGAGCUAAUGAAUUAUUGAACUGUGAUUAAUAAUAGUAAAGAAACACUCAUUUCAGUGUUUGUAUUAUCAGUGUGAAUAUAUAUAUGCUGCUUAGUUGCCAAUAUAUGCUAAAGAAUGUCUUCUUGAUCAGUCAGAUAGGCCAGGGUUGUUUUUUUUGUUUUUUUGUUUUUUUCCUCUCUGUAUCGAUAGUCAUCUUUGGUUCCUGUGAAAUACCCUGGUCCCUGGCUUCCCUCCUUUUCCUUCCUUUUUUUCAUCUGAACUCUGGAAAUUUCGUUGCCAGUUACUUUCUUUUGCCUUUCUCGCUUCUAUUACCUUGGGUAAAAUCCACAGUCUUGCCUUCUGGAUACCUUCCUGCAGGUCCCUCCUGUCUGCCACAUUAGCCUCCUCUGGCCCAUGGCUACAUCUUCAGCCACCACCCUCACUCUCCCCAGGAAGGGCAAACGGGUCCCUCAACAGAAGUGUGACCAAAAUCAGAAUGGCUAUUUGGGGGAGAGUUAACCAGGCAGAGGCAUAUCCUGAUGGGGUUUUGUCCCAGAGAUCUAAAUUCCAGAAGAAGUAGGGUACCACACCUAGGAAGGUAAAUUCAGCUCCAGAGGGUUACUAGAGAUCAUAGAUCAAGAAGCUUGGAAACACCCCAUGGGUACAUCUCAGAAAGUCUUUAAGUCACAUUCCAUGAAUUUUUGCUUUAUUACUGACCAUUUAUAGACCUUGGGAAAUAGUCUUAUUUUUUCCUUCAGCUCAUUUCUCUUCCCACCCCCACUCAUCGUGACUCACCCUACUUCCAGCCUUCUACCCCCUGCAGUUAUCCUGGUCUAGCAAAGUUACUUCUUUCAAAAGACACAGUGCAUCUACAAAUGAUUAUUGAUGGUCUAGUGAGAGCCAGAUGAAGCAUGUUCAGGAAGUGAUCAGCUUGGUGCUUGAAACCGCAGACAAAGGACAAUUCCACUUUAAAAUAUCUAUGAAUAUAUACUGUGGAAUUCAAUUAAAAUUUCUUUCCUCUCUAGCUUUUAAAUUACACAACCUGACACUGAUGCUAGUCUCUUACAAAGAACAAUGCCACAGUGAAGGGAGAGAUCAUUGUCUUUUACUUAAACCUGGAAGAAUCAGCCUUUUAGCAGGCCAGGGAAAUGGUACUUUCCAAGGAAUGGUGACUGAUUCAGGCAUGUUAUCAAACUUCCUAGUCAUCUCCACCUUUCCUGUAUUGCCUGUAGCUUGUUGUUCAAGAUUAACAAUCAGGGAGAUUAAGGAAUAUGACUUCAAGGCUUGCUCUGCUUACCUGUGUGUUUCUUUUUUUCUUUUUUUCUUUUUUUUUGAAGAUUUAUUUAUCUGAGAGAG